AUGAGCACAGACCUGGAGCGCCUGUCCCUGAACUCCUCCUCGGGUAACUCCGUGGCGUCCAGUGUGCGCUCCUUGUCCGCCAACGUGAAGAAGCUGCACAACGCGCUGAACCUGCUGCUCAGCGACUUCGAGAGAGAGCAGUUCAUCCACUGUCUAAACGUGUACCACUCCAAACGCAAUGUCUACGAUCUGGUCCAGACGCUCAAACUCAUACUCAACGUCCCGAGCAAGCGUCAGCUUCUGCCCAUGUUGCGGCUGGUCAUCCCGCGCUCGGAUCAGCUGCUGUUCGAUCAGUACACCUCAGAGGGGCUCUACUUAAAAUCCGACCCACUUACGCGAAAUGGUGACCCGGACGGUGCCCAUGAAGCUGCUAAUUCGAGUCCGACGCACGGGGCUCAUUUCUCGGGCCAUUCCGCGUCUCAAGCCGCUCUGCGCGGGUCCCCUGACAAUAUCAGCACCAGCAGCGAUGGGACAGCGACUCUUGUUUCUCUAAUGGGCAGCAAUUUCUUACCGGAGCCCCCAGGAGAGAUCCGACAGGUUACCCUCAAGCGUCACAAAAGCAACGAGGGUUUGGGAUUUAGCAUCCGCGGAGGCUCUGAACAUGGAGUUGGGAUAUAUGUGUCACUGGUGGAAUCCGGUUCACUGGCUGAAAAAGAGGGUUUGAGAACUGGAGAUCAGAUAUUGAAAGUAAAUGACAAAGUGUUCGACCGCGUAACGCACGCAGAGGCAGUUAAAGUCCUGAAGGGCAGUAAAAAGCUUUCCAUGUCAGUCCAGUCUGUGGGCCGGAUCCCAGGCGGUUAUGUCACAAAUCAUGUCUACACCUGGGUGGAUCCGCAGGGCCGCAGUGUGUCCCCGCCCCCUGACCUUUUGGUAGAGCAUCGCAGUGCCACCCUGCGCAGAUCCAACAGUCAGGGCCGCAGUCACAUGCAGCUUCUGCAGGAUGGCGAUGAGAAAAAGGUGAAUUUGGUGCUGGAUGACGGGCGUUCUCUGGGCCUCAUGAUUCGCGGGGGAGCUGAAUACUCUCUGGGCAUCUACAUCACGGGCGUGGAUCGGGGGUCUGCAGCCAAGUGUGGGGGACUGAAGGUUGGGGAUCAGAUCCUGGAGGUGAACGGGCGGAGUUUCCUCAGCAUCCCGCAUGACGAGGCUGUACGAGUGCUAAAGUCUUCACACCACCUCAUGAUGACGGUAAAAGAUGUCGGGCGACUGCCACACGCCCGAACCGUAGUUGGCGAGACCAAGUGGAUUGCCAGCUCACAGAUCACAGAGAGCUCGGCUAGCAGCAGUGUUACAGGCCUCUCUCUGGAGCAGGGAGCAUCAGCAUCAGGAAAGGCUGGUUUUUAUAAAGGUGUAGCCGGUUCUCAGGUGACUCUGUCCAGUUUGGUGAACCAGAGCAGGGCCAUGAUGGAGGAACAUGCCAGACACCUGCUGACCGAGCCAGAGAGGCAGACCAUGGGUUACUACAUCCAGGAGUAUCGCGAUGGCCACAUCGGUGUUGAGCAGCUCGUCAUGGCCCUCUUUGAGCUGCUCAAUACACAUGCCAAGUUCUCUCUACUUUCAGAGGUCAGGGGGCUGGUGACCCCUCAGGACGUGGAGAGAUUUGACGGGCUGGUGCUGAGACGAGAAAUUGAAGCCCUGAAGGCCAGACAGGGAGGCGAAACUGGGUUUCAAGACUCCUUUUCAAUGGUGUCAUACCCAGACACACUGGCCUCCUCCUCAGCCAGCUACAUGACCAACACCACCCUCAGCUCUGCACGGGAAAGACUACUCUGGCUGAUAGAUAUGAUGGAGAACGACGGUAUGGCAGAGAACAACGGGGAACAGUCUCUGGAGCAUAGCAAUGCCCUGCCAGACGUCUCGCUGGAUGAGGUACAUGCCACCUCAGAUUCCCCUCCUUCCUUUAAACCUCCUCCUCCCCCAGGGCUUCAGCGCCACCCCAGUCGAAAGACCACACUUAGUAAACGUCCCUCUACCAGCUCCUCUCAAUCAGGCUUGUACUUCACCGCUCCUUCCCGUAUUUCCACCAAAGAACACAAACAGUCCAAAAUGCCCAAACCUUACAGCUCUCUACCCAACAGCCCACAGAUAGCAGUCCCGGCACCUCAGCUGUCAGUUGUGAGCCAGCACUCUAUCGGGCCUUUCCCUCGCGUUCAGAGCCCCAGCAAAGUGAAGCCCAAUAUCCAGUCAACCUCCCCGGUUCCUCCACCCGCCCCAGCUGUUCCUGCACCCCCUGCCCCGCCUCCGCUCCCUUGCCCAGAUAAGCCCUCCUCUUCCUCCCCAGCAUCCAAUCAGCACUUUGUCAUGGUGGAAGUACACAGGCCUAAUGCAGAACCUGAUGUGAAUGAGGUGCGACCACUGCCUCAAGCUCGAGGAGGGACAUUGUCCCAGCUCUCAGAUAGCGGACAGACCCUUAGCGAGGACAGUGGAGUGGACAUAGCAGAGUCUGGACGUCACAGUAAGGAUAGCAGCCCUCGUCCCGCUCGCACCAGAGCCCCACGGGAGGGGCACGGAAGCGGAGAGGUGUCUGCCAAACCGCCUGGUCUGUUGGAGCCGACAUCCACUCUAGUGAGAGUGGCAAAAAGCACCAGUACUCUGGGUAUCGCAAUAGAAGGUGGGGCAAAUACACGGCAGCCCCUCCCACGCAUUGUUACCAUACAGAGAGGUGGCUCAGCCCAUAACUGUGGACAGCUAAAGGUGGGUCAGGUAAUCUUAGAGGUGAAUGGUGUGUCUCUCCGAGGAAAGGAACAUCGGGAAGCUGCUCGUCUCAUCGCAGAAGCCUUUAAAACCAAAGAGAAGGACUACAUUGACUUCUUGAUCACAGAGUUUAAUGUGGCUCUAUAGGACCGUACAGGUCCCAUGUUGCUCCUCUGGGGCAGAUUGUGUUGGAUAAAAAAAAGAGCACUGGGACAUACUGACAUGUCUUGCCAUGGUUAACCUCCAGAAUCCUGUUACAUGGUACACUUGAUCUCAUCUUUCUCUGUGAUGUUUGAAAGCAGACACUGUU